AUGCUACGUCAGCCAGUUCCGGAACUGCGCAGUUUUCAGUCCCUCUCUAAGUAUGCAGGCGGACCAAGAUCAGUUCUCGGUCGGAGAACAUCAGCGAUCACAGUCAAUCGACGACAAUCACAAUCGAUACGACGACAUGAGGAUGUUGAGGCGCUGGGCUCGAUCGAAGGCUCGAAAGAAACUCUGCAGCUGUCGGAACACGGACGAUUGGCCUCCUCCUCGGAGGCCUCCCCAUCACGAUGGGAGGGCCGACAGAUCGAGUGGGGAAAUGAAGAGCAGGUUGAAGAAGAAAGUGAUCUACCGUAUCCGGGGUUCGCUGAGCCUGCACUUCGAUGUUUUUACCAAGCCAGACCACCAAGAAAAUGGGCGCUUCAAAUGGUUAUGAGUCCCUGGUUUGACAGGAUAACGAUGGCAGUCAUAUUAAUUAAUUGUGUAACUCUUGGAAUGUAUAGGCCGUGUGAAGAUGGUCCAGACUGUGAUACGUAUCGGUGUCAGAUCCUUGAUAUUAUCGACAAUUGCAUAUUUGUUUACUUCGCAAUUGAAAUGGUCAUAAAGAUAAUGGCGCUCGGAUUCUGCGGUCCUGCCGCUUAUAUGUCGGAUACGUGGAAUCGUUUAGACUUUUUCAUUGUCAUGGCAGGAAUCGCCGAAUUUGUACUCCACGAAUACCUUGGAGGAAACAUCAAUCUGACUGCAAUCCGAACAGUCAGAGUGUUAAGACCGUUGAGAGCGGUCAACCGGAUACCAUCUAUGAGAAUUUUAGUCAAUUUGUUACUUGAUACAUUACCCAUGCUUGGUAAUGUCUUACUAUUAUGUUUUUUCGUUUUCUUCAUUUUUGGAAUUGUUGGUGUUCAAUUAUGGGCGGGUCUUUUACGAAAUCGAUGUGUCAUAAAUCUGCCAAAGUCAAUAUCGGAGAAUCAGUCCGCGUUGUUCAAUAAUGUAAAACUAACGAGGUUUUACAUCCCAGAGGACACGUCGCUAGAAUAUAUUUGCAGUCAACCAGAUGCAAACGGGUUACAUACAUGCUCAAACCUACCACCCUACACUGUCAACGGAAUUAAAUGUAAUCUGACGAUAGACGAUUACGACCAAGUAACGAACGACACAUGUAUUAACUGGAAUAUUUAUUACAACGAAUGUCAGGUAAUGCAACGAAAUCCAUUUCAAGGCUCAGUUUCUUUCGAUAACAUUGGUUUUGCAUGGGUCGCUAUUUUUCUAGUCAUAUCACUCGAAGGGUGGACGGAUAUUAUGUACUAUGUACAGGAUGCUCAUUCUUUUUGGAACUGGAUCUAUUUUGUGCUACUCAUCGUGAUUGGUGCAUUCUUUAUGAUCAACUUGUGCCUUGUCGUUAUUGCUACACAAUUUGCGGAGACAAAACGACGAGAGACAGAAAGGAUGUUACAAGAACGGAAGAGGUUACAAAAUCGAGAUUCAAUAUCGUGCACAGGAAGUGAAAUGGGUGGUGCAUCAACCAAAGAAGAAGGUGGUGAUACGGUAUAUGCUGCAAUAGUACGGUUUAUUGGUCACACCUUUCGUAGGACAAAGAGAGCCGCUAAAAAGAAGUACACCGCUUACAUGGAAGAACGCGCAGAACGAAAAAGCACAGAACGAAUGCAGAGGAGGAAAUCUAAACUGGAUGAUAUGGCAACUUUAUCCAGGAUAGAAGAAAAAGCUGAAGACGAAGAGGAUGAAGCCACCGCAAACGUUGAAAUCAAGGAAGAGCCGAUUGAGCACAAUGAGCAAAAUGGUGACGGUGUCCGAAUAAAGCGUGUGAAAAUAGAAGAGGAGCCUCGAGUGAAAAUUGGAAACGGCAAUUCGAAUGGACCACACUACAAACAUACAGAUGAUGAGGAUGAGUCUGAAAAAGAACAUAGUGAUGAUGAGAGUUAUGAUGGAGAGAAAGCAGAGAAGAAGAAAUCGAAAUCUAAAAUCCGAUGGUUUCGUGACAAAGUUCGAAAAUUUGUGGUGUGCGAUCAUUUCACAAGGGGGAUUCUGGUGGCUAUUCUUGUCAACACACUGAGUAUGGGUGUCGAGUACCAUCAACAACCGGAGAUACUAACGGUCAUAUUGGAAUACUCAAAUCUGUUUUUCACGGCGCUAUUUGCUCUGGAAAUGCUUCUGAAGAUCAUUGCAAGUGGUUUUUUUGGUUAUCUGGCUGAUGGAUUCAACCUUUUCGACGGAGGAAUUGUAGCUCUUAGUGUACUGGAGUUAUUUCAAGAAGGAAAAGGAGGUCUUUCAGUUCUACGUACUUUUCGUCUUCUACGGAUUUUGAAACUUGUUCGAUUCAUGCCUGCUCUUCGAUACCAACUUGUUGUAAUGCUCCGAACAAUGGACAAUGUCACCGUGUUCUUUGGACUCUUGGUGCUCUUUAUCUUCAUUUUCAGCAUCCUUGGAAUGAACCUGUUUGGGUGCAAGUUUUGCAAAGUCGAAGAGAAAUUUCUUGGUGGUCUUGCAAAAAAAUGUGAAAGGAAGAACUUUGACACACUGCUCUGGGCUCUGAUCACUGUGUUCCAGAUUCUCACUCAAGAAGAUUGGAAUAUGGUUCUUUUCAACGGUAUGGCACAAACCAAUCCAUGGGCAGCAUUGUACUUUGUUGCUCUCAUGACAUUUGGUAACUACGUGCUUUUCAAUUUACUGGUAGCCAUCUUGGUCGAAGGUUUCCAAGAGAGCAAGGAGGAAGAAAAACGACAGUUGGAAGAAGAAGCUAGAAAACAAGCAGUUGAAGAGGAGCAUGAAAGGAAACGGGAAUUGGAGCUCAUCAUUGCUAAAACAACGUCACCAGCUUUUAACAAUGGAGUUCCGCCAGCAGAAUGCACUUGUCAAAGACCAACUUCCCCAGAAGACACAUCAUCUCCGAGACUUCUCACAGCUAAUUAUCAUGCUUCCCCUGAAAGAAAACAUUCUGUAAAUCUGGAUGCUAUCAUUGACAAACGAUUGGUGCCUAGGAACACAAUCACUGCUUUUGACAGAUCACCGAUGUCAGAAGGUCGAGAUGAUUCCCGAUUGAAUCGACAUGCUAGUCUAGUGCUUCCAGUCGCAAACGGAGUCCCAUAUCGAAGGCAAAGAGUUCAUAGCUGGAGUGGAUUAUGUCAUCAUUUCAAUCCAAACUGCCCAGUGCAUGGAAGACGAGCACUGAUUGAGACAUAUGCCAGAGAAAAGUUCCUAGAAGCGAGUCAAGAAUUGAAACAAGCCUUGGCAGAGGAAGAACGAAGGAACGAAGCAAAACAAAACACGUUUGUCAGAAAACUUCUGAAGAAAACAUGUCUUCACAAUCGAACAGAAUUCUCGUUGUUUCUUAUGGGACCAAAGAAUCCUCUCCGUAUCAAGUGCCUUCAGACAACACAGAAGAAAUGGUUUGACUAUACCGUCUUGUUUUUUAUCGGAAUCAAUUGCAUCACUCUUGCUAUGGAACGACCAUCUAUACCACCAGACAGUUUUGAGAGACGAUUCUUACAAGUUUCUGGGUACAUAUUCACAGUCAUCUUUACCGGAGAAAUGAUGAUGAAGGUUAUUGCAAAUGGAUGUUUCAUCGGACAAGCUGCAUAUUUCAAAGAUGGUUGGAACAUUCUAGAUGGGAUACUAGUUGUCAUUUCUCUUAUCAAUAUUUCAUUUGAACUUUUGGCUACCGGUGACUCUCCGAAAAUCUUUGGAGUUAUCAGAGUGCUGAGGUUACUCAGAGCUUUGAGACCAUUGAGAGUUAUCAACAGGGCGCCAGGAGUGAAAUUGGUUGUAAUGACUCUUAUAUCCAGUCUCAAACCUAUCGGAAACAUUGUCUUGAUCUGUUGCACAUUUUUCAUCAUCUUCGGAAUUCUGGGAGUACAACUAUUCAAGGGAAUGAUGUAUCACUGUAUCGGCCCUGAAGUUGGUAACGUCACCACCAAAAUUGAUUGUUUGGAAGAUUCCCGUAACAAAUGGGUUAACCACCGUUACAACUUUGACAAUCUCGGUCAGGCUCUGAUGUCAUUAUUUGUGCUCUCGAGUAAAGACGGAUGGGUUUCUAUCAUGUACCAAGGAAUCGAUGCAGUAGGAGUGGAUAUUCAACCGAUUGAGAACUACAAUGAGUGGAGAAUGAUAUAUUUUAUCUCAUUUCUGUUGCUUGUCGGAUUCUUUGUGCUGAACAUGUUCGUUGGAGUGGUCGUUGAGAACUUUCACAAGUGUAAAGAAGCAUUGGAAAGAGAGAUGAGAGAAAAAGAAAAAGAGAAACGGCUGAAAAGGAAAUUGAAACGUCAGAAGUUCGAGGAAAGUAUGGCUGGAAAACGAAAGAAGAUGGAAAGAAACUAUCCGUAUUAUCAUGACUAUGGUCAUACAAGACUUUUCUUGCAUGGAAUCGUUACCUCAAAAUACUUCGAUCUCGCUAUCGCGGCAGUCAUCGGUAUCAACGUAAUCUCAAUGGCAAUGGAGUUUUAUAUGAUGCCAAUGGGGUUAAAGUACGUGCUGAAGGCGCUGAACUACUUUUUCACCGCAGUUUUCACAUUGGAAGCAGCAAUGAAAUUGAUCGCACUGGGCUUCAAAAGAUUCUUCAUUGAGAAAUGGAAUCGUUUGGAUAUGUUCAUUGUGAUUUUAUCAAUUGCUGGAAUUAUCUUUGAGGAAUUUGAAGCUUUGGAACUCCCAAUCAAUCCAACAAUCAUUCGUGUCAUGCGAGUUUUGAGAAUUGCAAGAGUCUUGAAACUUUUGAAAAUGGCAAAAGGUAUUAGGUCAUUGUUGGAUACCGUAGGAGAAGCGUUGCCACAGGUCGGAAAUCUCGGCUCAUUGUUCUUCUUACUCUUUUUCAUUUUUGCUGCCCUCGGAGUAGAACUGUUCGGAAAAUUGGAAUGUUCAGAGGAUCACCCGUGUGACGGAUUAGGAGAGCAUGCUCACUUCAAAAACUUUGGAAUGGCUUUUUUAACACUUUUCCGGAUAGCUACGGGUGAUAAUUGGAAUGGAAUUAUGAAGGACGCACUCCGAGAUGACUGUGACUCUUCGGAUCACUGCGAGACCAACUGCUGUGUCGACCCCAUUUUAGCUCCUUGCUUCUUUGUUAUUUUUGUGCUUAUAUCCCAAUUUGUGCUUGUCAAUGUGGUAGUAGCCGUGUUGAUGAAACAUCUGGAAGAAAGUAACAAAAGAGACGCUGAAGGGCCCGCAGAACCAACAGGUGAAAACAUCGAGAACGAGAUCACAAAGUCUGACGAUGAUGAAAUCGCCGAGGAACCCGAACCGCUUGCUAUAGAAGGCGGAGAUAACAAAGAAGAUGAAGUAGAGGAAGAAGAUGUAGAAACGGAACCCAGCACUCAAAUUCCAGACGGGCAUGGUGGUAUCAAACGGUUAUCUAUGCAGGUGUUGGAACAAGAAUUAAUCGAAGUCGAAAGAAAUAUGGAAGAAAGAUAUCGGAGGGCUAGUGAGUGUCUCGGCGGAGAACUACAACCACUAAAUCCCGGAGAGAUCGAAGAUCUAGACGACCCGGAUUUUAGACCGCGGAGUAGAUCACAUCGACCACGAGCAAGAACGAACAGUGCUUUGAGCAAUAAAAGUCGUGGAUCACAUAAAUCUGCUCUGUAG